CGUCUACGAUAACGCAGAUACGGCACCGACGACGGGGUGCGCUAGGCCUGGUCGGCUACCGAAGUAGUUAAGAAACACUGGGCGUGCUAGGCGAUCGGUUGUGUUUCUAGUUGGGCUGAUCGGCCCCGCACUACGCGUGGUGGUCAUACGGCUGUCGCAUUGCGCCUUUGGACAACAGACUCCAAUAGUCAUUAUGUGUCCAUUUUCGUUGUUGCGUUCAUUCCUUAUGUGAUGUGUAGUCGCUGUUCAUGUUUUCCAAAACAUUCGGAACGCGAUACUGCAUCGAACGAGUAUGUCAUCACGUAGACUUGCCCUAACUUGUGCUUGCUGUUCGUUCUUUUCUUCCGAGGGCGGUGACCAGGCAGAAGCUACGCGAAGAGCAGUCGGUUGUGCCGUUCGAAGCGCGCGACGUUGAGCCGGAGGGCUUCUCCAUCCUGCCGUACCAUCAGCAUAUUUGGUGAUUCCUAAGUUGAGUUUGCGAGAAUGGCGACGCGUGCGUCUUUGGCGAGACAGAAGACUGGCGCUGCUUGCCUUGCAGUACUCACUGCGUCUCCAUCUGUCGUGGCGGCAAAACCAUGGAAGCGGUGGGUCGGCGUCUCGGUGAUACUUGCUUCGGCUUUUGCAGUCGGGGUCUCAGCGGGGCCGCCGUACAGAUACGAGCCUGAAAAGUUUACAUGCCGGCCGAAAAAAGGCAUUUUAAGUCAGUGGGUGUCUCUUCUGUACCAAGUGCAGCAUAAUAUCACUUUCGCCUGUGAAGAGGCUACGCCCGUGCCUACGACACUUAUAAGUGAGGAACAUGGGCUUAUGGUAUGUGCCGAAAGUAUGACACCCGAGGAAUGUGAAGCAAACCCGGCUCCACUGUCAGCCUUUCUACCUGGAGCCACAAAAGAGUGGGUUACUGGAGACAGUGUGUUAACUGGAUUAAAGAUUUCGGUUCCCGAAUCUCAGUAUCCAGCUAAUGCGAAAAGCUUCCGUGUUGGUUGCAGGCACAACACAAAAACGGGUAAUACGUGUAUGCUCACCAUUCAUGUGGAGCCCAGAGAUCCAGCGGUGGAACGACAGGAGGCGAGAUGUAGUUAUACGGAGAAUUCAACACUGCCUAAAAUCUUUGUGACUAAGGACUCCAACACAAUGACGUUAGCUUGUGGACCACACGGUGCACCGAUGCCAGAGAGCUACACAGAGAAUUACUGUUCAACUCCUGACACCUGCGAUGAGAAACCGUUUACCAGCGUGAUUCCUGGGUACCUCAGCAAGUGGUUUUUUGGCGAUCCUAAGAGUCCGUUGGGAGCGAUGCUGAGAAUUCCUCCGGAGCAGAUUCCUUCGAGUCCGCAGAUCAUUUAUCUCGGCUGCACUGGUCCCACUGAUGGAGAAGGGCCGAAGUACAAUUGCACGGUGCCAGUACAACUAGGAGGUGAAGACCCUUCAGAGGGAUCAAGACCAGGUGGAGGUUCAGGUGGCGGGAAGCGCGGCGGAGGUCAGGGGGGUGGAGGGGGUUUGGCAGGAUCCGAUUCUCGGCAGGGAAGUGCACGUCACUCGCUGCCUUCUGGCAUGGCGCUAUCUGCUUCAGCGCUGCUUGCGAUGACGGCACUUGCCUAUUGAGUGGGGAAUUCGAACAUUUUUAUGGCUGUGCAUGCAAGCGGGAAAGGACUGUACUAAUAUUGACGUGCGUUUGUCAGAUGCCACGUAACAUGUAAAUGGUUUCCCAAAAAUGGGAUAACUGAGUGGCGGCGGUAGCCGGCGUGCGUGCAUGUUUUGUCGGCCCGAGUCACGUAUGCGCUCCACAGAAGCGUGAACUAGCAGACAGCACAGCAAAACAUGCUACUCAAAUCGGGCUCUGGAGCAUGUCUUCCUAAGUUACAUCUGUCGAGGUUUGCGGGAUGUCGUGAAGGCGGGAUCAUAUUUGCCGUGUUCGCCACAUCACUCCUGUUGGCGGUUGGUUGCGGGGCGAAUCUCUGCGUGACUGUUAUGUGCUGACUGUGUGCUGAGGGCUCUGUGCCUGUCCGCUCUAUGAGCAUGCCUCAGGACGCCGACGCGAUCGAGAAGAGCUGCUGUGGCCUGUCUUCCGCAGAUGGGUGCUUCAUUGGCAGGAGUGUUGGUCGUUUCAUAUAUGCGAGCAUGCCAUCUGAACUCUUUUCGUAAGCGCAAUAGUCACCGUGUGGACUGCACUUGUGGCACCUUCGCGCUCCGUCUCCGAAGGGCCAUUACUUGCUCUUGAGGUAGUGACCUCGACCAGACUCCUGGUUUUAAAAACUGCAAGUAAGUCCACCCGCUGCUGACAGGCUGACGUGUAGUGUGCCGUCCGUUAAACCCGAAGACGAGCGACAGAGUAGUGAGACACGCACUACGAUUCUCUAAUCAAUUAAAACCGGAAUGCGAGUGAGAAAGGAGUGGCAAGCGGCCUGAGAGAAGAGUUGCAAAGCAUGCCACAUGUCCGAAUCAAAAAAUAAACAAGUCGUCUUGCUCGUUUAUAUCCGCGGCGCAGUCUUCAACGGCUUUCUCACUCUGUACUGAGUCGCAGUGACAUUGUCAGACAGAGGUUGCGCUGGCAACAACGGAAAAUGCCUGUUGUCAUUUUCCGGCCAUCGUCAUACGUGGGCUACCAGGUCAGAAGUCGAGAGAGUCACGUGAUGCCUCGGUCAGUGGGAACAGCUCAGGGCAGUGAAACGUGGGGAAACUGAUAUUGCUUCAUAGCCGACGCCGUUGCCACUUCUUACCCCCGUUCCGCUUCAGCUGUGGAUUUGAGUUCCUG